AUGUCCGAGGCGGCGCGCUUCGCUCGAGCGCGAAACCGACUCUCGAUCUCCGCGGAGGUUUUCGGCCAAUUCAAUGAUCCUGACCGCUUCGAAGCGCCAAUCCAUGGCAAGACCGGCGAGCAGGCCGAGCGCAUCAAGGACUCGCUGCUGAAGUGUUUCCUGUUUUCCUCCGUGGAUCACAAGGGUAUAAACAUUUUGGUUGGCGCUUUUGAGGCGCAUGAUGUGACUGCCGGGACGACUAUCAUCCAGCAAGGCGACGCCGGCGACAAACUGUACCUGGUCGAAUCGGGUACCGCAGAGUUCCUCAAGAAAUCAGAGCUUGAUGACAAGGUAAUGUCUCUGGGCAAAAUCAGCGAAGGAGGAUGUUUCGGAGAGUUGGCGCUAAUGUACAAUGCCCCUAGGGCGUGCUCCGUCGUGGCCGAAACCGACAUGAAGCUCUGGAGCCUUGAUCGCUCUACCUUCAACCACAUCGUGCGUGCAGCUGUGAUCAAGAAGCGCGAAAAGUACGACAAGUUGCUGCAAAGUGUAGCGCUGCUGAACAAACUUGACCCGUACGACCGCUGCCGUUUGGCCGAUGCCCUGAAGGAAAGGACGUUUGUUGACGAGGACAUCAUCGUGGAGGGGACCACGGGCACGAGCCUAUUCAUGAUAAUGGAGGGCAAGGCCCACGCGUACUGCCAAGGCAAGCUUGUGAAGUCGUACGCCGAAGGCGGCUACUUUGGCGAGAUAGCGUUGAUAGCUCAGACCCCCCGCGCCAGCACCGUCAAGGCUGAGGGCAAGUGCGUUGUCGUGGAACUCGAACGUGAGAGCUGCGUCAACUUGCUUGGACCAAUGGAGGAGUGCAUGCGCAACAACCUCGAGGAAUACAACCGCGUGCUAGAGUCGCUGAACAUCGAGAACAAGAAUCUCGCCUCGCUUAAGAUCUAA